UUGACUUUACGAAUCCACCAACUGGGAUGAGUUACAGCUACGGCGCUUUGGAAGGCACUUUAAAAAGUGCGAAAAGUCAAAAUGUUGAAAAGGCUAACGAAAAAGAUACGGAAAGUGUUAAGGGUUUAAGUUUAUUUUCUGCAACUCUCUUCAUUGCUGGGGAAAUGGCUGGAAGUGGUGUGUUGGCGUUACCAAGGGCUGUAGUUAAUACAGGUUACAUAGGCAUUCUACUCCUCGUAUUUUUUUGCAUAAAUGCAGCAUAUGGAGGAGUAAGAUUGGGAAAUUGUUGGAAUAUAAUAGAGCAGCGAUAUCCGGAACAUAGAAUUGACACCAGAAAUCCGUAUUCUGUUAUUGCCUUAAGGGCUGUUGGCAAGUUUGGUAGCUCACUGGUUUCACAUUGCAUACGAUUUACUCUUUUUGGAGCUGGAACUGUCUAUCUUUUAUUAUCCUCGCAAAUAAUACAAGCUCUCAUCGGAAACGUUCUGUCUAAUGUCAGUUCCUGUUCAUAUUUUUUUGUCAUAGCAUUAUGUGUGAUUUUACCGAUGUGGCUAGGUUCUCCCAAGGAGUUCAGCCUAGUGGGAUGGGGCGCUAUUUUGUCUUCAAUAAUAGCUUGCAUUCUAUUCACUAUUCAAAUUGCCUUGGAUGCAAGAGAUAACAUUAGGACGGUAAAACAUAACAUCCAUGGCUUCCACGACUUCUUUUUAUCUUUUGGGACUCUACUAUUUGCCUUUGGAGGUGCCUCGACGUUCCCCACCAUUCAGAAUGACAUGCGAAACAAAAAACAGUUCUCAUCAAGUGUCACGAUCGCCUUUAUCAUUAUAAUGAUUCUUUACGUCCCCAUCACAGUUGGAGGAUUCUUUGUGUAUGGUGAAGAAGUUAGUGCUAACGUAACAUUAUCACUGUCUGCAAGCCUCUUGGUUCACAUAGGAAAUAUACUAAUGGCAAUUCAUUUAGUGUUCGCCUUCUUAAUAGUUAUGAAUCCAGUUUGUCAGGAUGUGGAGGAAACAUUCGACAUCCCCAAAGAUUUUAAUUGGAAGAGGUGUCUUAUAAGAACAAUUAUCGUAUUGCUGAUGAUAAUAGUAGGAGAAUCAGUUCCACAGUUUGGAAAAAUUCUUUCAUUAGUCGGAGGAUCCACCAUAACCCUGUUGACGUUUGUGUUUCCACCGCUAUUUUAUAUGAAAUUAUGUGAUAAGAUUAGCCCCAACUGGGAAAAAAGGUUUAUACCUCUUUACGAAAGAGUCUACAUUUGGGAACUCAUAAUAAUUGGAAUAGUAGGAGGGUUUGUCUCCACAUUUAGUGCUAUUAACGAUAUAUUUGGCGACUCUUUUACAACACCGUGCUACUGGAUAAAAUGAGCCAUUGCGUUUUUCGAAAAUUUUCGAAAAUAUGUGUUACUUUUACAUCUUUUUUCGAUUAAGGAAUAAUGUCUAAGUGUUUCAUAAUAAUUAUGAGUUGCUAAAAUCAGAAUGUAUGCAUAUUUCUAAUGUAAACAUAGUAUCGAUUAAGUAUUUAAAUAUCGACCUACCUUACUUUUUAUUUAUGUAAACAUUAAUUAGUUUCAAUUUUAUCGCUGUAUCGAUAAAACAAUAAAUAAAACACUAAGAAUAAGAAAAUUAUGUAUAUAUUAACAGUGUAUAUGUGUGUGCAUUAAA